AUGUUAAUUGGUAUUGUGUCAUUGAUUUCAAUUUUCUUACUACAAGAGGCGAAUGGGGAAGGAGUGAUCUUUGAUGUGAAAACUCUUAUUACGGAUACCUGGAAAAAUUUAUACACACGUUUAGGUGACACAUUUAAAUGCUUCUUGGAAAAAUUACCUACAAGUCUUGGAGGCAAAAAUCAAACAUGUAUCGAAGAAAAAACUGCUAUAAAUGUGCUAUUCGAUAAGGCAUUGGGAGAUGAACCUCUACGUGAACCUAUUAAUUGGGAUGAAGUGAACAAAAUAAAUGAUGUAGAGAGAGGAAUAACUAUGUUCAGAAAAAAUGAAAUGUUAUUAAAGAGUCAAAUAAGUACCAUGAGUCAAAAUCUGGUUAAAAAAAAUAGAGCGAUCACACAAUAUUUGAAUUGUAAAAGUAAACAACAACAAGAAGAAACCUUCAAAUUAUUUAUCAAAGAAAUGAAUAAACAGUUUAAAAAUAACAAUCUAACAUCAUUUACUGAUUAUUCAACUGUGAAGGACUGUUUCAUAAAAGAAGAAGAGAUUUUUGAAAGAAAGAAGUCUUCUAAAAAUAAUGAAGAUUGCACUUUAUCUGAGACAUUCCCUGAAGAAGACAUUAUAACUUUGGAUCAAUUAAUUUCUAAGAAAUACGAUAUUUUGUGGAGAUGGAAUAAAGCAUUAUUUAACUACGAAUUUGCUUCGAGAAAUAUCAAGAGCACAGUAUAUUUCUUACAAAAGAUGUAUAACUUUGGAUAG